UAUGUUGUGACAUGUAUACGCUUGCGCACUGCGUCAUACUUAUCACUUAUGAAUCAGCUGAUGAAGAAGUUGGCUGGUUGCAGUUUCAGCGGUAUUUAGGGUAAAAGUUAAAAAAAUGUCGUUAAAUACAGCACACGCGAAUGGCGGUGUUCUUAUACAUGCCGGAGAAUACAUAUUAUUAUUCUGCGACAAUGUUGUCAUGGAAUUUCAUGGACCAGAACAACAAGAAUUCUUGGGAAAUAAGCAUGGCCGAUUAUAUUUGACUACGCAUAGAAUGAUCUUUAAUGCUAAAGAUCAAAAGGAAAAGAUGCAGUCUUUUAGCUUUCCUUUUGUAACGUUAAGCGGAAUAGAUGUCGAACAACCAAUGUUUGGAGCUAAUUAUAUUAAAGGCAAGUGCCGUGCCCAACCAAAUGGCAAUUGGAUUGGAGAAUGCAAGUUCAAAUUGUAUUUCAAGAGUGGUGGUGCAAUAGAGUUUGGGCAGGCUAUGUUGAGAGCAGCAGCAAUAGCUCAGCGUAAUAAUGAUCCUGCUUCUGAUGUCCCGCCACCAUACCAACCACCAACAUCAAAUUGGUACGCUGCUCCACCGCCAGCUUAUGAAGCACCUACUGGAUAUUAUGGUUGGGUACCACCUACUAGCGUGUUUCCAGAUAUGCCACCAGUGAACACUGUAUUUAUGACGGACAUGCCACCUCCAUAUCCUGGCAUAAAUUCACCUUAUGCGAGUGGUGCACCUCAACAAGGUACAUGGGGUGCUGCUGGACAACAACAAUCUGGAUGGGCACCUCCUCAACAGAAUGGUGCACUUGGAUGGGCAAAUCCAAAUUAUAAUAAUCAGCCAAUGUCCCAAGCAGGUGGGUAUCCAAAUUACCAGCAGCCACCUUACAGUGGUUAUCCACAAAAUCCACCACCAUACUCUGCAUAUCCUCCAAGCAAUAACUAUCCACAGCCUCAAUAUUAUCCGCAACAGAAUCCUUACAAACCGUAUCCACCUAGUUACUAAUUGUAUAACGUUUAUGAUAAUACAAUUUUUUAUAUAAUAUUAUAUACAUAUAUACAUGUGAAACUUAUGAAAUUUGGUACAUUUAGAAUUAAUACUUUAAAAGUAAUUCUUGAAAGCAAAUGUGUGAUAUUGUAAAGAUGGAAUAUAGUAUACAUUUCUUUGUUUAAAAUGUUUAAAGCGUACAGAAAAUAUUUUUUUAAAACAAAGAAUACAAGUAUAUAUGUACUACUAUAUUUCAUUAUAACACAUUUAAAAGGUACA